CGUGGAAGUCCCGCCCCGGAACUGCAGUAGAAACUGCAGCUGAAAGACUGCGUAGGAGUUUUCUGAGGCGCCUGAUAGUCGUCAGAGCGAUCCGCUGUGGCUUCUCCGCGCGGUAAACACCGAAGCCGGAGUGGGAUUGAGGCCGGGAACGGAUUGGGCCGUGGGCAACCAUGAAGUUGAAGGAAACAAAAUCAAAGCAAAAGCUACCACAUCGUGGUAAAUUUCAGACGAAGGGCAUUAAAGUUAUUGGAGAAUGGAAGCAGGUGCAGAUUGACCCAAAUAUGUUUGCCGAUGGACAGAUGGAUGACUUAGUGUGCUUCGAGGAACUGACAGAUUACCGGUUGGUCUCUCCUGCCAAGAAUCCCUCCAGUCUCUUCUCAGAGGAUCCCAAGAAGAGAAAGGCACAAACCAUUUCAGAAGAGGAGGAAGAAGGAACGUCUAGCUCCCCAAAGAAAAAGAUUAAAUUGAAGAAGACUAAAGAUGCUUUACUGGCUACCGAAGAAACCUCUACCCAGAAAGAGCUUGAGCUCAAAGAUGCCAAGCCAGAGCCCCAGGGAGAUGACACUGUUUGUCCUGGUCCAGAGGAAGGGAAGAUAGCAUCAGAAACCCUGGUACAAACUGUUCCAAAAAAGAAGAAAAACAAGGGUAAAAAAAAAUUAGAGCCUUCCCGGAGCACUGCCCCUAAGGUGCCCAAAAAAGCUAAGACAUGGAUGCCUGAAGUGCAAGACCAGAAAGCAGAUGUAUCAGCCUGGAAGGACUUGUUUGUGCCCAAGCCAGUUCUCCGAGCACUCAGCUUUCUAGGCUUCUCUGCACCCACACCAAUCCAAGCCCUGACCUUGGUGCCCGCCAUCCGUGACAGGCUAGACAUCCUUGGGGCUGCUGAGACCGGAAGUGGGAAAACUCUUGCCUUUGCCAUCCCAAUGAUUCAUGCAGUGUUGCAGUGGCAGAAGAAGAAGACUUUGCCCAUCCCAAGUAACGCUGGAGUGCCACCUGGAGAGGCCCAGACAGAGGCUGGAACCGAGACUGGAUCACUCAGCAAGGCCGGAAAUGAGUCUGCAGUGCUACCCAGUGAGGCUGGAGUUGAGACUAUAGCACUCCCCAGUGAUUCUGGGUUGAAGGCCAGAGCCAAGACUGGUGCCUCCAUCCCAGACCAGGCCCUGCUCUGUGAUGAUGAUGCUGGUGAAGGGCCUUCUUCUCUGAUCAAAGAGGAGCCUGUCCCCAAACAGACUGAAGACAAAGAAGGAAUGCUUGAUGGAGAACUGACUGGCAAGUUAGAGCAGGAGUUGGAUGACAAAAUUGCUACCUAUAAAACACAGCCAAAGCGUCCUCUGCUUGGAUUGGUUCUGACCCCCACACGAGAGCUGGCCAUCCAGGUCAAACAGCAUAUUGAUGCUGUGGCUAAGUUUACAGGAAUUAAAACUGCUAUUUUGGUUGGUGGGAUGUCCACACAAAAACAGCAGAGGAUGUUGAACCGCCAUCCUGAGAUUGUGAUUGCCACGCCAGGACGGCUGUGGGAGCUUGUCAAAGAAAAGCACUCUCAUUUAAGCAACCUCCGGCAGCUCAGGUGCCUGGUAGUAGAUGAGGCAGACCGGAUGGUUGAGAAAGGCCACUUUGCUGAGCUGUCACAGCUGCUAGAGUUGCUCAGUGAUUCCCAGUACAACCCAAAGAGACAGACACUUGUUUUUUCUGCUACACUGACCCUGGUACAUCAAGUUCCUGCUCGACUGCUUCAUAAGAAGCAUGUUAAAAAAAUGGACAAAACUGCCAAACUUGACCUCCUCAUGCAGAAGAUUGGCAUGAGGGGCAAGCCUAAAGUCAUUGAUCUCACAAGGAAUGAGGGCACAGUGGAGACGCUGACAGAGACCAAGAUCCAUUGUGAGACACAAGAGAAAGACUUCUACCUGUACUACUUCCUGAUGCAGUAUCCAGGCCGCAGCUUAGUGUUUGCCAACAGCAUCUCCUGCAUCAAACGCCUGUCGGGACUCCUCAAAGUCCUAGAUAUCAUGCCACUUACUCUCCAUGCCUGCAUGCACCAGAAGCAGAGGCUCAGAAACCUGGAGCAGUUUGCCCAGCUGGAAGAUUGUGUUCUCUUGGCAACAGAUGUGGCAGCGCGAGGUCUGGAUAUUCCUAAAGUCCAGCAUGUCAUCCAUUACCAGGUCCCUCGCACCUCGGAGAUUUACAUCCACCGAAGUGGUCGAACUGCUCGUGCCACCAGUGAGGGCCUCAGCCUGAUGCUGAUUGGGCCUGAGGAUGUAGUCAGCUUUAAGAAGAUUUACAAGACCCUCAAGAAAGAUGAGGACAUCCCACUCUUCCCUGUACAGUUAAAGUACAUGGAUGUGGUCAAGGAGCGAAUCCGCCUUGCUCGACAGAUUGAGAAAGCCGAGUACCGGAACUUCCAGGCUUGUCUGCACAACUCUUGGAUUGAGCAGGCAGCGGCUGCCCUCGAGAUUGAGCUGGAAGAAGAGAUGUAUAAGGGAGGAAAAGCAGACCAGCAAGAAGAGCGUCGGCGACAAAAGCAGUUGAAGAUCUUGAAGAAGGAGCUGCGCCAUCUGCUCUCCCAGCCCUUGUUCAAGGAGGACUUGAAAACCAAGUAUCCCACUCAGUCUGGCAGGCUGCCCCUGCUCGCAGCCCCCCGGAGGAAAGGUGAGUCUGCGCUGAGCUGCCUGUCCAGACAGAAGAAGAGGAAGCCCAGGGAACAGCGGCAGAGACUGCCGCAACCAAGCACAAGUGCGCCGUGACCACUGCCCGGUGGGGCCCGCACAGUGCUGUCUGUUCUGCGCAGUUCUGUGCCUCCCUCCUUCCUUCCUCUGUGUGCCACUCACUCCGCCACCCCAUAAAGAAAAUCUACUCUUCACCCUGUAGCAGGAGAGACCCCAUACAGAUUUGUGUCGUGGAGUAAGAAUUCUACGGAGCAGUUUCAUCUCCCUGUACUCGUGUUUACAGGCUUCUUGUGUGUUCAGCUUGUUCUCUUGAAUUAAACAAAU